GCUCAAGGCUAUGCCCCCCCCCUCCUCGAGAUUUGAGCCGGGGUCGUCCCAUGAAAGAAAAGGAGAAGCGAGAGAUGUUGGUGUGCACUGGAUGCGGGCAGCGACGAUCGAAGAUGCCGUCGAGCUGGACUUUGGAUGACUGCCUCUUCUAUUGCCCGGCCUGCUGGCAGGAGACCAGCUGCGGGCUCUGCGGGCACCAUGACCCCAAGGGCUCCAACUUCAAAGGCGCCUGGAAUUGCCGCGCCUGUCGGCACAAGCGGAUCGUCAAGGAGAAACAUGCUCCUGACCACGACGUUCUGCAGCAAUUGAUCAUCAGCGAGAGCUCGGCGCUGUGCCAGCCGGAGUGCGCGGCCCAUCCUGCACCACCAGCAACUCUCUGGGACGCAGAAGCAGAUGUGAAAAAUUGGAGCGAUGAUGAGAAUGCGGAGGACGAUGUUGUAUGUGACCUACCAGUGAAGUUGCAGCCAAAGGUGCACGUGCCUGACGCUCGCCACAUUGUCCUGCUUCUGGAUGCCUCGGGCAGCAUGCGCAACCAGGACGUUGACGCAGACCCAGAGAUCCAAAAGGAGCUGGGAAAUUCAUGUCCGCAGUUGACGAGACUGGAGGCCGCAGAGCUUUGUGCGAUGAAGUUUGCGAAGGAGCACGAAGUUGCUCGCCCACAAGACGUUUUCUCGGUGGUGACCUUUCAUGAAACGGCCUCGAUCAUCGCGCGACAACUGUCCGCAGCAGAAGUGGCAAAGGGCCUCGCGUUGUCAGAUCGACCUGCCAAUGGCACCUUUUAUUUGGAGGGCUUGAAGGCAGCGGUGGGCUUGCUGUCUGAGAAGCGCUGGCCAGGAACUGUUGUUCUGCUGUCAGACGGUCGCCCAGCCGACACCAAAGCCGCCCUGGCUUACCUGCAGGAACAUUUCUUAGGCCAAGAGAUCCAGCUGCAUGGAAUCGGUUUCGGCAGCCGCGUAGAGAGCUUCGCAGCACUUCAGCAGCUGGCGUGUUUGACGGGGGGCACCUUCGCUCUGUCCGGUUGCACGGUGCGUGGCCUGUGCCGCGCCUUCUCCUCGGUGUCUUCCACCAUCACUGCCGGUCCUGGCGGCCGCCCGGAGCUGGCCAGUCAGAAGCCACGAGUGAGGGAGGUCACCUACGAGCUGCCAGAGGUGGGGGUCUUCGGCAAGAAGCACGUGGUGCACUUCUCUGCAGCGCGGAGCAUCUUCAGCUAUGAUGGUGAGACAUUCCAGCUGCAAACGUUUCGUCCCGGGCCCGUGGUACGGCGGCGGCUACCCUACAUGCGAGGAGGCAUGCGACUAGUGUAUGGCUUCCAGGACGAGCAGGUCUGCAAAAAUGGUAGUUGGAUGGUUGCCAAAUGCUCUCGAUACCAAGAUGACGUGUUGAACUCUCGGGCGGUGGUUGAAGCGCAUGCGAAAUCAACAGCAAUUGCCCAUUACUUUGCCAGCCGAUUCAAUGCCAAGUUGCACUCACUGGGCGAGAUGGCUAAAUUGCUCUUUGUGCCGUGCUUCGUAUACCACUCUGAGGGCCCAGCCGUAGAUGAGUUCUUUGCCGCAGAGAGGUACUUGCCUGGAGUUUUCCUGAAGUACAACUCCAAUAACGGGUAUGCUGCUUAUGGCUCGCUUCCCCACAACGACUUGGUUCAAGCUUUCCUGCACUUUUCAUUUCAAGAAUCUGGGGGCCACAUCAUUGUGGCCGACCUGCAGGGAGUUGCUCGAGAGUCGGAGGUCCUCCUCACAGACCCUCAGGUGUUGUCGCUGAAUCGGGCUUAUGGCCCGGGUGACUUGGGAGCUGCUGGAUAUCUGCGUUGCCUCGGUGCGCAUCGAUGUGGUCCUACAUGCAAAAAGCUGGGGCUUUCCCCCAUCAGCUCUGCUACCCUCAGGCGAAUUCAUCGGGAGGGCGAGGCGGCAGGCGGCAUGGCGAAGACAUUGCUUGCCGCCAUGCAGGCCAAUUCAGGCUCCUCAGCUGGCUGGCAGAAGGUGAGCUCAUUUGGAAGCGACGAUUGGGCCAAGAUCAGCGACCUGGCAGCUGCUGAGUAUGCGAGCGAAGGCAAUGCAUCAAGCCACGUCUCGGCUUCCUCGUGGACGCACCUUUAGCUCGAGCAUGAUCUUUAAUCAUCGAGGGGCUUCCCAAAUUUCAUGUGCAGCCAUUGUCAAUGGGUCGACCAAGUACAGACUGGUUUCAUUGGCAAAUUGAAAGAAGUGCUC